AUGCGUAAGUGUAAAGUCUUCGUUGGUAAUUCUCACCCUGAAUUAGGGAAGUUAGUCUGUGAAAGAUUAGGUAUUGAGGAAGCUCCAUGUACAUUGAAAAAAUUUGCCAAUGGUGAAACAUCUGUUCAAAUUGGUGUUUCUGUCCGUGACGAAGACGUUUAUGUCAUUCAAUCUGGCUCUCCUACCAUCAAUGACCAUAUUAUGGAAUUACUGAUUCUGGUUUCGGCUUGUAGAGGUGGUUCUGCAAGAAAAAUCACUGCAGUGAUCCCACAAUUCCCAUAUUCUAAACAAUGUAAGAUGAAGAAGCAUAGAGGUGCUAUCACAGCCAGAAUGUUGGCUAAUUUAUUAGUCAUGGCAGGUGCUGAUCAUGUUGUAUCUAUGGAUUUGCAUGCUUCUCAAAUGCAAGGGUUCUUCACAAAACCUGUGGAUAAUUUAUAUGGUGGUCCAAGUUUAGCUAAGUGGAUUAGAGAAAACGUGGAAGAUUAUGAAGAUGCCGUUGUCGUUUCAAAGAACCCAGGUGGUACUAAGAGAGUCACUGCCUUGGCUGACUCUUUGAAGAUUAACUUCGCUAUGAUUCAUACUGAUCGUCGUCGUGCUAAGGAUCUAUACUCUCAAAAUAGAGACUUGAAACAAUUGAGACUAAGAAAACAAUCUAUGUUGAGGAAAAAUAAACCUAUUGUUAGACAAGGUGAUGAUCCAGAUGAAGAGGAAAACAUAAUUUUAACAAACGGUAUCCAAACGGCAAGAAUUCGUAAUGGUCAUGUCAUUGGUGAUGACGAAGAAGAUGAGGAAGCUAGAGAUGAAAGUGCCUUGGAGUCAGAUAACGACGAUGCCCCAUCAGUUAGUGCUAGUGAUUCCUAUGCUCUUGGUGGUACCUAUGAUGCUAUCGAUUCUGAAGAUGAAGAAGAAGUUGAAGAAUUACAGAAGGAACAACUAAUUACCUUAGUCGGUAAUGUUCGUGAUCGUUCUGCCAUCAUUCUUGACGAUAUGAUUGAUAGACCUGGUUCUUUUAUCAGUGCAGCUGAGCAUUUGGUCCAAAAUUGUGGUGCUAAGAAGGUAUAUGUUGUGGCUACUCAUGGUAUAUUUACAGGUGAUUGUUUUGAAGAGUUAGAAAAGUGCCAAUAUAUCGAUAAGAUCGUGGUUACAAAUACUUAUCCAAUCACACAAGAACACUUAGCUUCACCAAAAUUAGUCGUCAUUGAUGUCUCGCCUAUAUUUGCUGAAUGUAUUCGUCGUGAUCACUACGGUGAAAGCAUUUCUGUCUUAUUUGACUCAUUAGCAUCCCUCUAA